ACACGCAUUGGCUACACGCGCUCUAGACAAAUCCGUGCUCGAGUGACGUGGGGACGUGUGCGCGUUGAAUAUCUCCUAUAUACUAUAUCUGUCUUGAGAGAGAUUCACAUUUGUAACUUGUUUUUAUUAGAUUUUGACGUCAUUUUAAACGCUUUCUGAGACGCGCGAUCUCCAUCCGUUCCUUUCUUUCCUAACUCGUUUAUAGUCCAUUUCUCUUGAUAUGCAAUUAUCUCUCCUCGUCUUCCUCUUUGGGAGUGCGACGAUCUUCAAACACCAGACAAACUAAUCUGGGUUUUUUUUUUAUCAGCAAUGGCCAGAACUGACACAAAGUAAGACUAUACACACACGAAGGCAUCAACACAAGCUUCUCCAUUGUGGUCAACCUGUGAGAGCAGCAGAGAAACACGGGGAGUAAACGAGUGCAGGAAGGAGAAAAGGAGUGUGCGAGGACAGUCGAUGGAUGCUGCCCGGAUUGAAGGGACAGCACAUUCUCAUCUGACGAGGAAAAGAAAGAUUUCAAAAUUGAGUCGAAGGACAGAAACUCGCCGUCAGGCAUGGUGUGUGAGAAGGGCAUUCAGAUCCUUCUCACCAUCGUGGGUGCUUUCGCAUCCUUCGGCCUGAUGACGGUGGCUAUCGGCACUGAUUAUUGGCUGUACUCGCGGGCACUCAUCUGCAACAGCACUGCCAAUAACACACAAGAGGAUCCCCAUAACAAGGAGAAGAAGGACCCCGGGGCCUUGACGCACUCUGGCCUGUGGAGGAUCUGUUGUCUGGAGGGGGUGAAGCGUGGCGUGUGCUCCCAGAUCAACCACUUCCCAGAGGACGCUGACUUUGAUCAUGAUGGAGCAGAAUACGUCCUGCGAGUGGUCCGGGCCUCCAACAUCUUUCCCAUUCUUAGUGCCAUCCUGCUGCUAAUGGGAGGAGUCUGUAUCGCAGCCAGCCGUUUCUACAAGAGGAAAAGGAACAUCGUGCUGGGGGCUGGCAUUCUGUUUGUAGCGGCAGGCCUGAGUAACAUCAUUGGUGUGAUAGUGUACAUUUCUGCUGCUCUGGGUGACAUUUCCCCAAAAAAGGAUGAAGAUAAGAAAUGGCAGUACUCCUACGGCUGGUCCUUCUACUUCGGCGGGCUGUCCUUCAUCCUGGCUGAGAUGGUGGGCGUGCUGGCGGUAAACAUCUACAUCGAGAAGAACAAGGAGCUCCGAUGUCGCUCUCGCACCGAUAUCUUUAAGAGCACCACUCAUGCCAUGCUACGGCUCCCGAGCUACCGCUUCCGCCGUAGAUCACGUUCCAGCUCUCGAUCCACAGACCCCUCACGCUCACGAGACCCCUCUCCCGUGGGCGGCCCACCGGGGGGAAAGAACUUCGGAAUGCCCCCGUCUGCUUUACUCUCUCAGGGGUCCAUCUCUGUGUCCACUCUACCCAACCCUCACUCCCGCUCUGCUCUGCCAGGGGGCGAUAUUUCCCUUUACACCCUCUCCCGAGACCCCAAACUGGGUGGUUUGGGAGGGCUAGGCGCUCCUCCGAUGUACGGCACGGUGGACCGUGCCACGCUAUACCAGCUGCACAACUGCUUCCCAAAAGAGAGCGGAGGGGGCGGGGGAGGCAUGAUGAUGAGUGGGACGCUGCCCUCGCUCAAAUCCCACAAUCCCUCAGCCGUCCAGAAUUCUUCCAACUCCAACGCACCGCUCAGCAACUCCAUACCAUCCUCCCAGCCUCCACCUUUCUCCUCCUCUACGGUGGAGCGGGAACGAGGGAUGGGAACGCUGGAUAGGCUAGGAAAAGGUGACAGAGAGAGCAACUCCAACACGCUUAAUAGGAAAACUACACCAGUGUAGACAGAUAGAGGGUUGGCGUAGCUUGUAAAGCGCAAAAGCCAGAGAUAACGUAAAUGGAAAGACUGGAAAACAACUAAAAAGGGAUAAGUCUCUCGGCAUUGAAAUUGUUUCACUUUAUGAAAAAAUGAAGAGUAACACAAUGACAAACAUCUCAUAAUAACAACAACGCCUCAUUUUUUUUUUUUUUUCUUCAUUACUGUUUUAAUGAAACCAUUAUCAUGGAAUACUGUGAUAUUAUUUUGCUUGAUUUUAGGCGUGGAAUUUCAAGACGGUGAAGUGUUGUUGUUAUUAUGACUGCGUUUGACUGCUAGCUUUUAACAUGUUGAAUGAUUCUAGUUUUUAAACUAGAAAGACUAUUUUGCUUUUUUUUUUAAAGAUUUUUGACUGUGAUUCCAAAAUGUGAUACUGAGCACUGCAGAAACAUGAGUGUAUUCAAUGUGUGUGAGAAGAUUAUUACUACGACUAACUUUGUGAGAAGCAUUUUAUUUAUUUUAAAGAAAGUAUUAUUUUCUACCCUUUGAUAACAUGCAAUUUAGUGUAAUAUCUGUCUUCCAGCUCAGUGAAGAGAUCAGCACCAUAACUGAUGGACUGAAAUGACAAAGAGUUAAAAUGAAAAAGAUUUUUAUAUAAACCUACCAUCAUAUUAUUUUUGUUAAAAUCACUAUUAUUAGUAGAAGUAGCACUUGAAUUGAAAACCUUUGUUUUGGGGCAUUAAAACAUUCCCUCACUUGGUUAAAGAGGGACAGAUGAUAUAUUUGUACAGAGAAAAUGACGAAUGAUGACAUUCAGAAGAGGGGCUUCUAUCCAAAACUGUGCUUUUCAAAUCGGAGGGAGGGAGGAUGGAAAAACACUACAUUUUGAAAUGCAAAUGUAUAUUACACAUAACUGUAUUUGAAAAAAAGAGAUACUUUAAAAAUCUAGAGUACAGAUAUGGGGGGGGGUCUUUAUGUAUUAAAAAAGGGCAGAAUGGGUGGGUGGGUCUGGCUUUUUUGAAUAUGUAUGAGGACACUGUCUUCCUUGAGCUCUGAUUGGGCUACACUAUGUGGGGCAUGCCCUGUGUCAUUUGUGUUUUCCCUUCAUUGUGUCAUGUGAUCAUGACAGCAUCCCAAAGGCAAACUCCCAUCCAAAAAAACCAAACAAAAAAUGUUCACUGUGCUGCACCUGACUCCCUUUGAUCCGUCUGCUUCUCUAAAUGAAAAUUAUAUAUGUGGACAUUCUGCUAACCUUUAACCUUUAUUCCAUGAUCCCAGCCAACAAGAGGUCAACACAGGACAUUACAUAAAGAGUGCAAAUGGGGAUCAGAUCACAAUCUCCUGCAGUCGGGGGUAUUUUUUAAUUCAUACAAAAAAAAAUGUGAAAAGCUACACAGACAGCAUUUAUGUGGUCAGUUAUAAAUAUUACGUAGUGGAGAAUAGAUAUAUCUAGAGAAAAUAUGGUUUAUCUUAAUGUGUGAUAAACUAACACUGUAUUGCACGAACUUUAUAUAUAAAAGAAACAACAG